AAGAAGAAGAAGAAAGAAGAGGAGGAGCUAUGGCAAGGGCGACGUUCCAUCUGCAGUUUGAGAUAACCAUUGAAAUCCUCUCAAGAUUGCCAGUGAAAUCCCUGUUGCGAUUCCAGUCCGUUUGCAAAACCUGGUAUGCCCUCAUCAAAACCCCUAGUUUCAUCGCCCAACAUGAUAUAACCCAGUCCACUCUAGAUUCCACCUCUCUCCUCGUAAUCACUUACAAUGGUAAAACCCAAACCUUUGCCAUGUCUUUAGUUAAUGAAGGGUUUAGUAAUGGCCCUGUUAAUCUCGAUUUCCCGUUUCUGAACAGGAGGAAUUAUCUUCCCAUUGGGAUACAUAAUAGGGGGGAUUUUCUUUCCGUAGGGGGUAUAUGCAAUGGUUUAGCUUAUAUAAGUUUGUCUCACGUUGGAUAUCCAUUGAUUCUAUGCAAUCCCUCCACCAGAAAGUUUCGGGAUAUUCCGAAUUUGGAAUGGAAUUGGUUGGGUGAGAAUGAUUACAAUCGCCAAAUGCUUGUUAGGUGGGUAAGUUUUGGGUUUGGCUUCCAUCCCAGUGCUCGUGAUUACAAAUUGAUUUGAAUUGUGUCUUAUGUUACUACUACUUCCAUUCAAGGUGAUGUUUCCAAUGAUGAUCAUAUCCGAGCUGAUCUGUAUGUGAUGAGCACUGAUACUUGGACAGAAAUUGAUGUUAAUAAGCUUUCUUUGGUCUUUGGGGAGAUCAAUGACUUUGGGGUGUACGAUGUUAUUGUGCACAUUGUUGAAUGUUUUGCUUUAGCAGUCUUGAAUGGAGUUUUCUAUUGGCCGGCAUGUCUGGUCUCGACUUAUCAAGUGGUUGUUAUGUCCUU